GCGCGCGGUAGUCUUCGCCACCGGGCAGGUUCGUCGUAUCCACUUGUAACUUUUUAAAGAGUGCGUCUGUUGCUGUCGGUUGCGAACAUUUCUGCUUUAGUUGCUUCACGUGUUUUUGUAGCGCCGACACGGCUGUACUUUUACCGAGAGGCUUGCAGAGCCGUGUGUAUUGUGUGUAGGUAGCGGAAGUGAAGUGUGACAGCUAGCAGGUGGACUCGUGGGAUAAACAUGUUGUCCACCCUUCAUGUGACGUCGUAGUUUUGUUGCUUGUUGUACCAGGAAGGCGAGCGAUUGUGUGGAAAGCAGCCCCCUUCAAUACAGCAUCUGUGUCUAUGUGCAGUUUUACAGUUUGUAGCGAUGGCUUGUGACUUUCGGAUCAAAUCCCUGUGGACGUUACCACAGCUGAGCUCUCUCGGCAGCAUUUUAAGUUUACUGGACUAGUUAUUGCAUUUGCUUUUUCGCCGUUUGAAAUGCUCAGGAAAAAAGAAGGGGACGAUCUAAAACUCCCCCUGCAGGUUGCUGCUGCUGAAAGUGCUCAUAUGGACCGGGCAGUUUAUUAAGUACACUUGUUUAGCUGCUCCUUAACCCAAAUAUCUAAUCAGCCAAUCCAAUAUGGCAGCCACUCAGUGCAUUUAGGCAUGUAGGCAUGGUCAGGACAGGAGGACCUGCUGAGGAUCAGAAUGGGGAAAGAAAAGUGAUUUAUGUGACUUUGAAGUUGACAUAAUUGUUGUUUGUGUGAACAUUUCAGAAAUUGGUUUCUUGGUACACUUUUUAUUACUCAGGUGGUCUACCUGUGGAAUCUUGCUGACCAUGUCCGUGUCUUUAUGACCACAGUGUACCCAUCUUCUGAUGACUGUGGGAUAACACACCACAUCUCAAAGCUCAAAUCAAAUCAUCUCAAGCUGGUUUCCUAAACAGCAAUAAUGAAUUCUUUGUACCCAAAUACCCCCCACAGUCAACUCAGUGCGUAUGUAAUAAAGUCAGUGAGUAGUUUCAUCAGAUUUUUGUCUUUACAUGCAAUUAGAUGAAAGUCAGACCAAUCAAUAAGUCCUGCUAUAUUGAGAGCUCCAAAGAUUUCAUGGGGUGGCUUUUGGUGUUUGCAUUGCAUUUUGUAACUGAAAUUACUUAUUGGUAAUCUAGGAUGAAUGAAUAGGUUCUAUAGUUUUUUAAUAUCUGUAAGUGAGCAGUUUAAUUAUCUCUGGAGUUUCUUCUUAAGGCUUGGCUGUGACAGAUCUCACCACAAUGACAGAAAGCGAACACAGGAUAUCUCUUCAGUGCUUUUUCCAGUCCUCAUCAAUACUGCUCAGUUGUCAGACAAAUCUUUUAUUGUGCUGAUCGUCAGUGGACUCUGUCUAAUGCGGUUUAACUUGGCACCUGGAAAAAGCACUUGAUGUCCACAGAAUUUCACCACUGCCUGGAGGGUUUUUGAAUAUAAAAUAUGGGAUAGUCACUUGAUCGUAUGUGCACGGUAGAACAGAAGAUGCAGUCUUUCCCUGUUUUUCCCCUUUUCUAUUUAUAAAGAGUUUCACAGAUAGAUGAGUCAAUUUGAAGCGUGACUGUGGAAAGGAAGAUUGUCUGUGCUGAUUUAAAGAGAAAAGAAAAUUAAAGUAGCUUUUGACUGACGAGGAACAAAGUGUCACAUGUAGGUCAGACCUACAGAAGAACCCUAAAGAAGCAAAAAAAUGUUAAAAAGCUGCUGAUCUGUGAGGGAGGAUUACAAUAUAAACAAAAUACUACAAAGAAAUAGUACCAACAGUUUUGAUGACUGCAGUGCUUCUAAAAAAAGUAAAACAAAAAAAUCAGCUGCCGCUGAAGCAGCCUGUCUUCAUGAGGGUGGCCUUUGCUGUUUGCUUUGCAUUGUGCAAACAUGCAAGCUGCAGCGAUUCCAGAUAUUGCACUCAGUAAUAAAAUCAGCCUCUUUCUGCCGGUGUUCAGUUCACUGUGAAUAAUUUUCACUCUCCGUCAUAGUCACGUUUUGCGGUAAAAAAACAAACAAAUUUCAAUAGAUACCUUUAAGAGAUUUUCUUGUGCCUGAUAGUGGUGUUUUGGAUAUUAAUGAGUGCGGAUUGUUUGCCUGUUCUCACACUGUUCCCCUCUGAUUACAGUUUGUGACCCUGUGUUCAUUCAGCAGAGCAUGGGAUCCCAUUUGUUCCCAUUAAAUUUGUUACUUGUGUCUAAGUCAUGGUGAUUUGGACUUAGAAUAUCUAUGCUGUUUUUAGCACAUUGUUAAAAAUAGAAAUAGAACUGUUUAAAACCGACUCUGCUGUAGAUUGAUUUAUUAAUUAAAGAGUCUUUGAAUCACAGACUGCUUUAAGGAUUUUAAAUACUUAAGUUUUCUUGGCUCCUAGUUUUUGUUGCAGCUGCACUACUGCAGCAAAAGCCACAUCAGUGCACAGAAACAGGAAAAACUUGAAUGACUCCUCUAGUUUAUUGAUUUUUCAUACAAGCAUUUCUGUCUUGCUCAAUAAAUGUUUGCAGGUCCUUGAAAAAUCAUCAGUAAGUUAUUUGGAUUUCCCCAAAACACCAAGAACAGCUCAGCUGUUGUACUGGAAGCUCAACUCCCCGAGCAAAGUGCAAAAGCUACGCCCCUUAUCCACCAGUAUCCAGUAAUCAUUACACUCAUGACAGUAUCUCUGCCUCUCAAGGGACUUCGGAAAGGCUCAGGAUAGAGAUUUUGCUAAGUAUGUUUUGUUUUGUUUUUAGCUCUAUUUAUAUUUUUACACAUUUACCAUUGCUAACUGCUGCUUUUUAAAAUGGUUGUCUGGCAUAUUUCUUAGAUUUCUGGCAUACAAGUUGAUGGUUGUGUACUGUAUUAACUGAUAUGCUUUAAAUAUUGUUUUGCACAUGAUAUUUUGGAUAGUCGAUAUGACCAAAGACAGGGAUUGCAUGUAUAUUACAUCACGAGUGGAAUUGCGUUAAUGUCUCUGUUAAUAUUUCAUUUGACUUUGUAACCAGAGGAAUUUAGGUGAUUAGUUUUCUUUUAUGAAGCGCUCAGAGCUGAAAGUUGAUGAACAGAAAAUCAAUAUUCAAAUAUUCUGAUUAACUGUUAGUUUAUGCAUCAGGGUAGUAAAACUGACCAUUUUGGGGGCUUUUCUUGUCAGAUGGCACUCUGUAUGUCACAAAUACACCCACUGGCUGCUUUGUUAGUUACACCUUGGUAGCACUGGGUCAGAUCCUCCUUUGCCUUUAGAGCUGCCUUAAUUCUUCAUAGCAUAUCUAUGGUGCUGUAAAGGUGCUCUGUGAUUUUUAUUGCUCCAGAUUUGUUGGCUACACAUCAAUGAUGUGAAUUACCACAUCUCAAAGGUGCUCUGCUGGAUGAAGAACUGGUCACUGUGGAGUCCAUUUGCAUACAGUGAAUUAAUUGUCAAUGUUCAAGAAACCAGUUGGGUAUGAUUUGAGCUCUUUGACAUAGCACAUUAACCUGUUGGAAAUAGCCAUGAGAAGAUGGGUACAAUGAGCUUUUAAAAGGAUGGACAUGGUUAGCAACAAUAUUCAGGUAGGCUAGGGUGUUUAAAACAUGCUUGGUACAAAGUGUGCCAAGAAAAUAUUCCCCACGGUGGCUGUCACUGUGUGUCACAGCUGACCAGUUGCCAUACUGUUGCAGGGCUGUCACAUAGACUCAGACAACUAUUCACUCGAACGAUUAGCUUAUGAAAACAAUCUGCAAACUUUGUCUAGCUUUAAUAUCAUCUCCUAAUUGCAUAGUGUUCCUGAGAUGAAUGCCCUCCUUUCAUUGCUGUGUACAGGGGUUUGGACCAUUAGGACCGGAGAAUGUUUUUGACUGUGUUCUUCCUCCUGGUCGCGUUGUGCACCCAGGGAGGAAAUGGUAAGGAGGGUGAGGAAGCACAGAGACCUGGCCAUGUUUCGGUGGUCAUAGUGGGAGGCACGGGUGACCUGGCGAAGAAGUACCUGUGGCAGGGAUUCUUCCAGCUGUAUAUCAACCAAGUCAGUAGUGGAAACACCUUUUCUUUCUAUGGCGGGGGACAGUCCCCCACUGAAAAGGCCACACCGGUGCUCUUUGAGAUUCUGAAGACAGUCUCCUGCUCAAAGGAUGUUUCUCAGGAGCGCUGCGCUCUGCUGAAAGACCAGUUUCUGCGGCUCGCACAGUAUCGCCAACUAAAGUCAUUAGAGGACUAUCAGGAUCUGGCCAAGCACAUUGAGCAACAGCUUCAAGAAGAGGGAAUGACGGAGGCAGGCAGGCUCUUUUACCUCUCAGUACCAGCUUUUGCAUAUGCAGAUAUUGCUGAGAAGAUUAAUAGUAGUUGCAGGCCAAAAAGUGGGGCUUGGCUGAGGGUGGUCCUUGAAAAACCUUUUGGACAUGACUACAGGAGUGCUCAGGUACUGGCAUCUCAACUUCGCAGCUCUCUGACGGAAGAAGAAAUGUACAGAAUUGACCACUACUUGGGGAAACAGGUGGUUUCAAAGAUACUUCCUUUUAGAAUAGAAAACAAAAAAUUACUUGAUCCCAUCUGGAACAAGCACCACAUCGAGAGAGUGGAGAUUGUACUGAAAGAGACUCUGGAUGUUAAAGGUCGCAUUGCCUUCUAUGACCAGUAUGGGGUCAUCAGGGAUGUGCUACAGAACCACCUCACUGAGGUCAUGACACUGUUGACCAUGAGGCUUCCCAAGAACGUGAGCAGAAGUGAGGAAGUCCUUGGAAACAAGCUGCAGAUCCUUAGUUCCAUGCUGCCUUUAGGAAAGAAUCAAGCUGUGAUCGGUCAGUACCAAACUUACAAAGCAGAAGUUCAGCAGGAGCUGAAUAAGACCAAAGAUCACGUCAGUCACACUCCAACAUUUGCAGCUGUACUCGCACAGAUUGAUGAUGCACAAUAUGAAGGCAUGCCGAUCCUUUUGAUCUCAGGGAAGAUGCUAGAUGAGCGGGUCGGAUACGCACGUAUUCUUUUUAAAAAUGACAUCUUUUGUAUUCAAAACCACAAUAACGUUCACUGCAAGCCCAAGCAGAUAGUUUUCUACUUUGGACAUGGCAGCCUUCAAUAUCCAGCGAUUCUUGUUAGUAAGAAUUUGUUCAAGCCAGCUCUAGUAGACAGUGAGUGGAAGGAAGUGACAGAGCACAAAGACGUCAACGUUUUUGGAUUGCCUAUUUCAGACUUCUACAUCCAGACUCCAAUGGAGCAGAAGGAAGCUUAUGCAGAACUUAUUUCUCACAUCUUUUUUGGACAGAAGAAUAGCUUCAUUAGUACAGAGAACCUGUUGGCUUCCUGGGACUUAUGGACACCGCUGCUCAGCAGUUUAGGCAGCACAUUUCCGCGCAUCUACCCAGGUGGUGCUGAUAAUGCAGACAUGCUGGACAUCCAUCUGAAAGGGAAAGACAUUAGCUACAACAAUGAGGUGGUGAUAAUCAGUACUGAUCAGUUGGGUGGCACAUCCACAAAUGGUUUCCAAGUGAUGCAAGGUAAAUUUCGCAGUUCUGAAAUGGUGUCUGCAUGGGCCGAGCAGCUUGUUGACAAGCUCGCUGCAGAUAUUCAGGAAGCAGCAGAGGCAGCUAUUUAUGAGGGUGGUGUUUUCCAUCUCGCCCUCUCCGGUGGAUCUACUCCCCUUGCUCUGUUUCACAGGUUGGCCGAUCACCAUUUCACCUUCCCCUGGAGGAACACACAUGUUUGGAUGGUGGACGAGCGCUGCGUGCUGCCGACGGAACUAGAGUCCAACUUCCGCAGCUUGCAUGACCAUCUACUGCAACAUGUGAGAAUCCCGUAUUACAACAUCCACCCCAUGCCAGUGCAUCUCAACCAGCGCCUAUGUGUGGAGGAAGAUGGAGGAGCGCUAAUGUACGAGAAGCAACUCAUUAAAUUGGUUAACAGCUCCAGCUUCCACUUUGUACUGCUGGGUGUCGGCUAUGAUGGCCACACAGCCUCUUUGUUCCCCGGUGGCAAAGUGGAUGAACUUGGCGAUAGUCUGGUGGCCCUCACUGAGAGCCCCUCCAAGCCACACCAGCGUAUGAGCCUCACCUUUAAUGUCAUUAAUCGAGCCCGCAAAGUUGCCCUUUUGGUGAUGGGCAAAGGCAAACACGAGCUGAUCACCCAGCUGAGCCGCGUGAAGGACAACCCAGACAAAUGGCCUGUCACUGGUGUGAAGCCUACUAAUGGUAACCUUGUUUGGUACAUAGACUAUGAUGCACUUUUAGGAUAAGAAUGUAAUCUCUACCUUGCAAUCAGACAAAUGUCUUUGGAGCUGCUUUAAUUGGACUGUUGGUUGGUGAGAAAGAAUAUAUGAACCAGCACAUAUAGGAGGACCAUAUAGGAAAGGUUAUUAACUCAAAUCACAUGUACUGAGCAGAACUGCUAAACUCUUUCAGGUUUCUAAUUUAUUUCCCUCCAGCGCACCGUUUGAAAUCAUAACAGUGUAUACAUAGACCAAACUUGAUCAAAAUAGGAGAUCAGUAGAACAUCAUUGAAAACAGCCCUUUGUUGGUGUCCAUGUGGUUGUGAGGCACAUGUGGAACAGGAGUUUUCCACAAGGUGAAUGUAAGGUGUAAGUGUUUUAUAAUGUGACGAUAGCCCUGACUUUAGAGUUAAGCCUAGUUUAUUGCACUGCAAUAAAUCUGCAUCGCAACCACACCAUAGCGAGUGGACAUAGUUUGCAUUGUACGCUGGUGCAUUGAACUGCCAUUACAAGUGGAACUGAGCCGUUUAUGUUGGACUUGGAUUUAAUAAAUUUUGAUCAAUAGUUAGUUUUACAGCACCGCAGGAAGUAGAUAAGAGUUCAGAAACAACCCAGUCUAUACAGGUGCACUCAAAAAAUAUUUAUGCCCAAAAUGCUGACUUUAGGUAAUUUGAUUACAUGUAUAUUUUCCAAGCAUUUGUGUUACAUAAUUACAAUAUAAGAAAUUACAUUUAAUGCAAUCUGGUCAAAUGAAAUGUAAUUAGUACACAUUUAGUUUAUACCAAGCAUUAACCUAUCACCUAGCAUAUUUUCCUUAAUGAUAAAUUAUAUGAAUAAAUAAACCUUUUAUAUAUAUUUUAUAUAUUUUAGUUUCAUUUUACUCAAAAUUAUUUGAGUUUAUGAAGGCAAAGAAUCACUUUUUUAAAAGUUAUGCUGGAGCUUGGGAAACAAGAAUAACAGCAUGUAUCCAUUUUCAUUAGCACAAUAAGCAAGCUAUACAAUUACAGCCUAUUAGAUUUUUGUUAAAUAGAGGAAUUAUACUGGUGCUAAUCAAUAAUCUGUGUUUACAGAGGAUAUUACCAAACAUACCUGUCACACCUGUUGACUUUGCAUGUCAGGCCAAAGGAUAGGUUAUGGCGUAGGUUUCACACGUACUAGAAACCAGAAAUGAGUUAGAAGGGAUGCUGAGUGUAUGUAAUUUGUCAUUAAUGAAAUCAUUGGUCCAUGUUCUUAAAAGUUUAAACCUCAUAUGAAUAUUUUUUUACGUGUGUGUGUGUGUGUGUGUGUGUGUGUGUGUGUGUGUGUGAAAUGCAUAUGAAGAUUUUUGAUCAUUUAAGUCUAAGUGUGAAGUGAGUGGGAAUCUAGAGGAAUAUAUGAAGUUUCCUUUGCAAACUACACAGCACAGAUGAUUGUUGUGUUGCUGGAAGACAGUUACAACACACGGAUGAAUUAGGGUUUUUGUAUGUGUGAAUUAUAACAGAUCUCAGGUGAAUUUAAAGAUAUCCAGUUUACUGUAUAAUCUGCUCUUAUUGGAUGAAUGUUUUAUUCUGUUGAGUGGUACUGACAUACAUGGAAAAGUACAAACAUUUCUAACAAGUAUUCUUCAGGUGAUGUAAAAUAUGUGUGUUUUACUAAAGAGAUAAUCACAUUCCCAUACUCAGAUCACAUUUUUCUUCUAUUAAUGUGACCUGGAGGUGCUUUUGAGUCAAAAUGAUUCAAAACAACAUUAACACUACAUCAUAUUUUUGGUUUCUUUAUUGAAGACCAUCUUUAAAUAAAAGCUCAAUUCCACUAAGUGUCAGCAGUGGCGAUGUCUUUGUGCCUCAAGAUUAGGAACAAAGUAUGAAAAAUUUGCUAAACACAUCCUUCAUCUCUUCAGCUAUAUUAGUCUGUUGUGAAUAUGGUGUUUAACAAAUUUAGUAGACCACCUGCCAUUAAAAACAAGACAACAGAAAUACAGAAAAAUUUCUUUAAUAGGCAAAUGAUAAACUAAAUUUACAGUUUAUUUCCAAAUUAAGUUGGCAAACUGAAUUCUGAGAAGUCAGAAAUAUAUUGAUUAGUCAAAUUAACAUUCAGUCACUAAAACGAUUGUUUUCUCUCCAGGAAUGGAAAUAAAUAACUGCAAUUUGGCAUCUUCAUCAAAAAUAAUAAUUUGCUCAUUUUACUGUUUUUUCUGCUUUCUUUUAAACGUUAAAUUUGAAAAUAAACAGAUAAAUGCAUAUAUUUAGCAUUAAAAAUAUCAUUUUGAUUAAAGAGCUUGUGCAUACUGGUGUGUUAACAUUACAGGAAACAUAAAAAUGAUUGUGGUAAUUACAGAUAUCGUUAAUUAAGGGCAUCGAUGAUGUAAGUCUUUCAUUGGGCGGUGGUCCAGAAAAAAAAUUGUUAAGCACUGUGGUUCAAGCAAGUGUAAAUCGACAUUAUACAUUAUUUUCAUUUUCAUAUGAUGCAACACAGAUUUUCUGUUGUUGUAAGCCACAGCAAUAUAGUCUGAUUUCCUCUGUGUCACUGCAUUUUUGAAGUGAUUUGAUUUCUUCUUCAUACCUUUAUAUCUUUCCUCCUGCUUUAUAUUUGAGAAUUUUACAAAGUGAUUUGUAUUGAAUGCAUAUGUAACAUAUGAAAUGAUGUUUGGGAGUCUGUCAAUACAGUCUAUAAUAAGAAAAUUAAAAAGAACUGGAAGUUGCACUUGUCUUUUUUUUUAAUAUGAAAGUAAUUCUUACAGUUACUUUAUAUUAAAACAUUUAGAUGAGGGGUUCCUGAACACCUUGGCUUUAAAUCAACAAUUGUAAUUUUAGUUUUCAUGCUAGAAUUUCUUUAUUGUAGCUUCAGUAAUAAGAUAAAAAUCCAAUUCAGAAUUUACAUUCACACCAUUGCUUGUAAUCAUGUCAAAUCUACUGUAUGAAAUAGGUUUUUUAGUGAUAAAUUGUUACAUGAAAUACAUUUCCUCAGUGCAAAAAGAAAAUCAACAGCUGCUUUUCUGAAGUGUGCAUUAAAAAAAAAAGUGAGCUGGAUUAAGUCACUUUCCCUUUUUCUUUCUCCUGGUUUAAAAUUACAAGCUGCUGGUGGCAAGGGGCCCUCAUGAAUUCUUUACAUGUGUAGUGUCACAUAUCA